AGGUUUGGGCGCAAUGGUUUAUAUUGCACGUUUGGCCUUGGUUGCCGCCGUUUUCUGUGCAGAUUAUGCGGCAGGGUUUGUGAAUGGACCCACAGGCUUCGGCCUCAGAAGGGCUCGCCUUCCUUCAGUUUCUCAACAGAAGCGAGUUUCCAGGAAUGUGCUCAUGUCAGCUACUCUUGACCCUUCGGGCAAGACUGAACCCGAAACGAAGAUGAACAUAGAAGAGGCGUGGAAAAGCUUCCUCAAGGUUUCUCCCCUUACCAGGAAGAUCAACGCGCAGAGCAGCGAUGGGAGGAAGACGGUCGUUAUCACCGGUGCCUCGAGUGGUAUUGGCUUGCAGACGGCAAAGGCCAUGUCUGCCGACAAAGGAUGGCAUGUUAUCAUGGCUGUACGUUCCUACUCCAAGGCUGCUAGGGCUGCAGAGGAGAUUGGAAUGGAGCCAGGAACUUACACCAUUAUGAAUCUGGACCUUGCCUCUCUUUCCAGCGUGAGAGAUUUUGUGAACCAGCUCAGAUUGCUUGGUCGUCCCAUUGAUGCAAUCGUUUGCAAUGCUGCUGUGUGGUAUCCCCGCGAUACUGCUCCUCGCUUGACAGUCGAUGGCUUCGAGGAGGCGGUUGGAACGAACCACCUUGGUCAUUUCCUGCUUUGCAAUCUGCUUCUCGGGGACCUUCCUGAGGGUGAUGGGCGCGUUGUCUUCAUCGGAACUGAGACUGCGAAUGAUGGUUUGGCUGGAUUGAUCCCGCCAGUUGCAGACCUCGGAAAGCUUGAAGGAAUGGCUGCUGGCAUGAAGAGCACCAUUGAUGGUGGAAAGUUUGAGCCUACCAAGGCUUACAAGGAUUCAAAGGUUUGCAACGCAAUUGUAAUGCGUGAGAUGAACAAGCGCUACGGAAAAUCUCGCGGUCUUAUCGUGAAUGCUAUGUUCCCCGGUUGCAUCGCAGAGUCUCCUCUCUUCAGGCAAAAGCGUGCUUGGUUCCGGUGGCUGUUCCCUAAGUUCCAGAAGGCCAUCACAAAACAGUUCGUGCCCGAGGAAGUGGCGGGUCAGAGGGUUGCAAACGUUGUUGCAGAUGAGGAGCUUGGUGUUGGAGGAACUUACUGGAAGUGGAAUGCACAGGCUGGAAAGGACUUCACCCGUGUAGCCUUCGACCAGCAGAAGCAAGCAGCUGCGAACCUUGUCAAGAUUCCAGCAGAGGCAUUGGAUGAGAUGAUCUCGGAGGCCGUGUGGGAUCUUUCCUCUGCUCUUGUUGGACUUGGAGUCGCGCCCGAGAUCUCCUUCGCGGCAAACAAGGAGUCGCUCACCUUGCAGGGUAAGUAUGUUCCGGCAUCACUGGCUAAGGCAAGCGUGAUGCUCAAGAAGCUUAGGGAAGACAUGUCAUCUUUGAAGGACCAGAAAGAGGUCAUGGCAAUGGUCGAGGAUGCUGAAGGGAAGACAGCUGAGGCUGUUGGAACUCUCUACUACUGGGGAAGGAGAGUGUCUGCACCCAAGAUUACCUUCUCUGGCAACUACGAAACUCCACAGGACAAGCUUCAGAUGCAGCUCUUGGUUGACAAGCCUCGUGCGGAUCCUGUUGCAGCGGACGUCCUCCUUAAGGGCUUGACCUCUGCCUUGAAGAACUACGGCGCCGAAACCAAGCCUGCACCUGGCAUGACUUUCAUCGAUGAGCGCGAGGGUAAGACCGGGGAUGUUGCGGAAGACAACAUGAAGAUCAAGCUCGAGCCCUCGUGGACUGCCAACGAUGAUUCCAUGGCCAUGACCAAGGAGAUGCUCGGCAAGGAGAUGCUCGGAAGUGACACGAGAGAAGAUCUGAAGGUCGUGUCGAGAGAGCAGGUGAUGCAGUGGACAGCUGAGAUGGAUAAGAUCAAGGCUCCUCCCGCUGGCAUUGAUGCUCAGGUUUUCGGUGAACGCGACUCGGUGAAGCGUCUUGUCUUCGAGGCCGUCUCACGAGGAGCGGUCAGGAACUAGAUGACGUCACUAAUGGAAGUGAGUUUUGGAUUACUUCUUCUCAACGGGAACUUCUCUCGACCUCUAGAUCGUGGGAAAUCGAACCGCGCUUGUUGUUGAUAGUUAUGGUGCAAUCUUUUAUCUUUGUCAAAGUAAAGUAUAAUUUCGAGUG